CAUCAGGCCAGGAGUCCCGGUGACGGGAAGCUCCUGGCCCAUGCAUCCAACACUGCCAUAAAACCGUCGCCCGGCCACCACUCUCUGCCACGUAAGAAGUCAACAGACCCGAGGAACGCCUCGGUGCAACAGUUCCAACGGGCCCAAUCUCUGAGGCGGAGCUGCCUGUCGCCGACCCAGUACCACCAUCAACAGCACCAUCAGCACCGCCAGCAAGAGAGUUCCCUGCACUUCGAAUACUUCGUCCCGAGGAGCGUCAGCGAGUUCAAUCUGGCCGCCGCUGCUGUCACCGACAUGGCCGUGCCGCCCCCGCCCCCUUCCUCCGUGCUCCGCCCCUCGUCCGCGAUCACUCCGCCCCUAGCCGCCGUCGGGAACCCGGCGAACCAGUCGCGGCUGCUCGAGUGCACCAGCACGGCGACCAGGAGCCGCGAGAAGAUGGUCACGUUCGAGGACGAGGGCGUGACGUCCACGCCCACUAGGAAGAACGUCUCCGGCCUGGACAAUGUUUUCAUGUGACGCUGCAAUUAUGGCUUGGUGGGACUCGAUCGUAUUCGGAUUGACGUAUUCGGGCGUGGACGUUGAAGGCGAUUCAGAACGGUUAGGGGAUUUAGGGGAUGAAUUAUGGUGGAUUUAAGAAUGGAGCCUGAGGAUCGGUUUGGAGGGAGAAUAGAGGCGAGAUUGAAGGGACGGGUGAAUGACGAUCGCCUCUCCGUUGACGGGACUAUCGAUGUACAGAUCGUCUGUAAGAAGAGAUUCGGGCAGGUGUAUCAAUGGGACUCCAUGAGUCCCCGGGGCCCAGUGGAAGCGGUCCGCCGGGACGAGAGACGCUAGAUUUCUACCGUUUAAAUUAUAACGACCGUUACUGUAACACUAAUCAAUACUCUUAUCGCUGCUGAUACUCUUCUUCUUACUAUUAUCGUUGCUAGGUUACACAGACGCCAGCCGGGCGGAAACUCACUUUGUACGGCGCGGGGAUGCGUCAGACUUCAACUAUCGAACUACGAGACUAUGUUACCUCUUUCACGUCGUGUUAUCUUUAAGUAUGUAAGUUACCGUUUAAUUAAGCAUCCGUUGGAUAAAAUGAUCGUUUGAGUAAGCGGAGGCGUUUCUGUGUUAGGCCCCGCCCAUCGCUUCGCUCCGCCCAUCGCUCCGCCCUUGGAGCCUCUGAUCGAGUACAGGUCGGAUCGUUUUUAUUAUAUUAGAUAAUUCGAUUCUAUGGGUUGCUUGUUAUCAGUGUUAUCGUUCGUUGAAUUGGAUUUUGUUUUGUACGUAUAUUUUAAGAUAUGUUUGUUCGUGCUUAAAGUAUAUACAUGUAUUGUGAACGAGGAAAGAGGUGAUGUAGUGGGACAAGAAAGACACAGCCUUAAACACUUAAAUAUUGUUACAAAAGACAAGAUAUCGUGUAAGGUUUAGAAGAAUGGACGGUCACGCAGCUACAACGGUCUGUCCUAGGCGUUAACACUUUAAGGGAAAAGAAUCUUGUUUAACCGAUGCGUCGGGAGUCACUUAAUUUUAAUACGAACCGACAUGCCGUGUGUAUAUGUAUGUGUGAGGCACGGAAAGUGCGGUUUCGACGGUGAACUUUCACGGACGACGACCGGCACAGAGGACCUCUCUGUCGAGCGUCUCGGUAUCAUUAACGGACCAAGUCUAGUCGACCUCAGUUCACGUGAAAGCAGAAUCGUUUGAUCGCUAGACUGGAUCGAGGCUCAACGAGUGUUCAAAUACGCUGUUUAUAUAUACAUACGUGUCUCUUUCUCGAUAAAAAUGGAUUUUCAUUAAAGCAGACGAAGUAAAACCGAGCUGUGUCUAUGGGCGUCUUUCUUUCCACGGUGAAACUCCUCCCAUGUACC